AUGAGCGAAGACUUGGACGACGAUGUCGUGACGGCCGCGCCCACGCCGCCCCCUUCCGCCCACUCUCUUCACCCGCAUCUCCUCUCUAUUUUGACCACUGGAAACUUUGCAUCGCUCUCUCCUGCCGUCGCAACGGCUGGUUCAAAUGACGCUCGGAAGACCCUCUUGACUCCAGUUCUACCGCUUUUCACCCGUCUUCAGAGCUCCCGACGCGCCGCCGCUACGCCGCAAACACUUCCCAAGCCCACACCACUGGAUGCGUCGCUGCUGUACGUCGAAAAUGCGUCGGCAUGGCGUCAAUAUGCCCGAGUGGUUGUCGACCUGACUCCUGCUACGCUCCAGUCAGCUACGAAUACGGACUCCCAGCCCGCGUUUCGCCGCUUUGAGAGUGGAUCAGCAGUCGAUCGAGUCCUGAUUGUGCUGUGUGAGUGGCUGCUCGCAGCUCCUGGCAGUUUGGAGUCCAGCGAACUCUUUUUGAACGAGAUUUACCAGGACGAGGUGGUGGCUAUCGUAGUGCAGGCACUAGCUAGUCCCACGUUGCAAGCACUACAGCAGUCUAUAACUGGUCCAUUGGGUGCUCUUUCGGUCGCUCGGAAGGCCCUGGCCGUGCCGAUAGGCCCCGUGAUGCUAUCGAGACUAGCUGUCAACGACCCUUCUCAGGUCGAGACGCUCAUGGAUGCCGUCAUCGCGGUCGUGGUGGAGACGACAACGGGAAACAAGACCAUUGCACAACAGGAGCAAGACGCGCUGAUCACGACGCCGUUGGUGUUUAAAAGUGCGCGACGUGCUUGUAUCGAGAUAGCUAAGCUGACGCCGUUGUAUGCAGCGAAGCUGUGUGCGAAGCUGAGUCGCCAAACGACGUCGCUGCAUUGUGUCGACAUGGCGUUCGAGCUGCUGACAUCGUUCCCGAGUCGAGAGGAUAUGCGUGUGUUCAUUUAUCAGUGGUUGAAAAGAGAUGGUGCGCCGGGAUCAGCACUGUGGACGUAUGUGCAGCUUGCAUGUCGAGAAGCUACAGCAGGAACGAGCGAGUUUCAGCAGUUUGCGGUCGCCAACUUGGCAAAGAUCUGGGAUGUGGUGCUAGACACGCUUGAUAGCCGUAACGUGAGCGUGCUGCCGUACGAAUUGACGACGACUUUGGCUGUGUGUGUUGGACUGCAAGUGCUUGGCAGUUUCCCGGUAUUGGAAUCAGAUCGUAUCCGAAUUCUGCAGGGCCUUGAUGCACUUGAGCCAUCCUCGUCGCCACGCUCGAUAAGCCUGGCAUUCAUUAUUGUGGUGCUGUUGUGGUACCCGUUUACUCCAUCGUUGAGUAAGGCGCCCGGUCAGCGCGAUGAGCACACUAAAAGUGCUGUGACUCUAUCUCAGCAGGUGCUGGUGUCACUGUUCCAUGCACGACAAGCUGGCGCUGGACCGCUGUUUGUGGUAUCAGCGGUGCUGUUCUACACUAAAGCUCCUGCUCUUGUACCUUUCCUCGCGUCGGUGAUUGGUUUUGGUGGAGACACACGUGACUCUUUCUCGACUUCCGCAUCAGGGUGUGGCAUUCAGGUGCAGCUGGCGUUGCGAGCGGAAUACCUCCAUGUGUUUGGGGAUGUCGUGCUCAAGCCUGUCCUGACGGAAAGUCUGCUGGCUCGCGAGGUGCUGACAUUUCCGCCAGUAGCCCGUAUCUCGGCAUCAGAUGCAGCGUCAGUAGGCUCCCAGCAUGAUUUAACCUUGCGUGGAUUGCACGGGUUGCUGUGCGAGAAGUCUUUCUUGCGGCAUCAUCAUGCUCAUCGGCUUGAAAGCUGGAUGGCUACUCAGAUCGGCGAACAUGCAGCAUUGCCUGUUCACCCUCUUCUUGUCAGCUUGCUGCUUGAGUGGGUUGAGAACUAUGUGAUGGCGUUUGAGUACCCUAUCGCUCAAUCCCCUAACCGGUAUCAACUUUCGAUUGUUCCGUUGCGAAGCUCGACCUUGACAAAGUGGCUGGCGUCUCCGCUUUUGGGUCAAUCCUACAAGUGCAAGAGUGGACGAGAAGCUGAAUUGAUUUGGGCACGUGGUGUAUUGGGGCUUGCGUACGCAUUGCAGUUUAAUCAGCGCGUACGUCGUGCUACGCUGGUUGCUGGCAGCAAGCUGAGCAGUCUGGCUUCCACUUCAUCGGUAUCCACUAAUGCGUCGGCCUCAGCUGGAAUGGGCCCGGGAGCUGACAUUUGCUUGCAAUAUGACCUGAGUGCAUUCCCGUUGCGCAACAUUGCGACUCAAGCCCUUGCACACGGAGACCAGGGUGGUGUUUUCGAGUUCGUUGCUCCUACGUUGUUGCGACUCAUGAUGGAAGAACACCCCCACCUUUUCGAUGCUGUCACAGCUUUGGCACCAUCAGGUUCGACGUUACAGUUGUUACCUCUCGCUUCUAGUCCCAGCGAUCAAGCAGAGUGUGACCUGAUCAAUAGCUGGUUUCGUUGUCAUCGUAAAUGUGGUGACACGCUGGAUAUUCGCGUAGAGCAGUCGCCAGUGUCGUUGACAGCAGUCUAUAUGCUCUUGGCUGGGUUACAGUCGGCGCCUAUUGACGUGGUGGUGCAUCAGUUGCUCGCGCUAGCUGACGCUUUCUUGCCGUACGCAAUCGUGUCAUCGCAAAUCUCGGUGUCGUUGCGUGGCCAUCUCGCAGCAUUCUGCUCACAACUUGUCGCACUGUACGAAACACGUGUUCGUCGGGAAGAAGGAGCAAGUGUGUUGACAAUGAUGCGGUUGGUGCAUUCGCUGUGUUUUCCAGACGUGAUUUGGCAUCAGCAACAAGCGCAGACGCAUCGGGGAGAACCAUUGCAAUUGUUGACAUACACGCAGGUACUACAGGAACCAUUUCGACUUGUUGAAGACGCCCACAACGGUGUGUUUUGUCAACCAGCGUUGUUGCGAAUGCUUCUUGGUCUCGUUCGCGACAUACGAGCCGCAGCCAAUGUCCAUGUGAUUAAGUGCGACCCCAGUUUGAUGCCAACGGACGGUAUGACCGGCAACACCGCAAUCACAGCCACUGUGCAGCAGCAUCAGCUCCUCCAGGACUGCUUGUUGGUUCACAGUCUUUUAAAGCGACUUUCUACGCUGAGGUCAGAGCCGGGCGACGAUGAAGUCGUCGAAGAGGCUUGUGCGCUACUAUUCUCAAUGGUGAACGAAUUACUGCUUGCUGAUGGCAAGUCGUCAUUUCCGUCUCCUCCACAACUGCUAUUAGCACUUCAUAUGCAGGGAUAUGACGCAACACUGGUGCCGACGUUGGUUGCCACCGCGCCAGCGAUGAAGCUGUUGUGGGACUACUGGAUGUCAUCAAACAUGGCAUCUCCGGGCUCGUCGUCGUGCCCAGCUACUCAAGCAAUGAAGCCGCUGAUGGAGUUUGUUGCAGAAGGAGCUGACCAGGACAUGACUAAAUGGCGUUUCCGGUUGCGUGUCGUGCUCUCAUUGUGCGCUGCAUAUCUUUCCGGUAGUCGUCAGAGUGCUGCGAUGCAACAAGCGCUUCGUGUAAUAUGGAAUAAGCUGCGCAAUGGUGUCGGGAACUCAGGCGAGAGCUGUGCUAUCUACAUUAGCCUCUUGUCUGAAGUGCUACUUUGGAUCGUCGACGCAUGUGCGCAGAACGCCGACCUUAGUGCUGAGCUUGUACAUUUCCUGCUCAAACUGCAGAGACAGCAACAAAAUGCAUCGAGCGAUGUCAAGGGAAGAGACAGUGUUCAGGGAACACUUGCGGUAGCUGCACAGAGACCUCAAGAGCAACGUCAAGUGCUAGAGCAGGUUCUGCACGACACUUACGUCGCGUUGCUUCAACAGAUGUGA